UACUCUCGAGUGCCACAAAUUAUCAGCUCCGUCCGAUUGCGGCAGGACAACCGCACGGGACGUGGGCCCAUUCCUCGUGACUCCUCGCCGACGCCAUGAACACCGUCCUGACCUGCUUCGGCCUGGCCCUGCUCGCCGGGGUGGCCUGCGCCCAGGCGGCAGCCCCUCGCGACGCCGCGCUCGCCACCACCUCGACGAAGGCCCUGCUGCCAAAGCUCGGCUGCUACCUGGAGGCCACGGGCCAGGUGGCCCGGUUCAUCGCCGACAUCCCCCGCAACUGCCUGGACCUGGCCUGGCGCUCGCGCCACCGCCACCCCGGCCCGCUGUACGUGUUCCCGCCCUGCCUCAUCACCUCGGCCGCCGCCACCUACCAGCUCACCACCAUCGUGUACAAGCCGUGCAACGCAAUGAGUUGGCACUGAUAAACAAUUCCUAACUUAGUUUAUUGAUGAAAAAAUAUGAGGACUAUGUACAUGCA